AUGGGUCUUAAAAAAGCUGGUGUCUUGGGUGCAACUGGAUCAGUUGGCCAAAGAUUUAUCUUAUUGUUGGCAGAACACCCGGAUUUCGAAAUACAUGCAUUGGGUGCUUCAUCCAGAUCUGCUGGUAAGCCAUACGCAAGUGCCGUCACUUGGAAACAGACCGACUUGUUACCAGAAUCUGCCAAGUCAAUCCCAGUUUCUGAGUGUACACCAGAGGCAUUUGCUGGAUGUGACAUUGUGUUCUCCGGUCUUGAUUCGGAUUACGCUGGACAAAUUGAAAAGGAUUUCGUUGGUGCUGGAUUUGCCGUUGUUUCUAACGCUAAGAACUAUAGAAGAGAAGUGGAUGUUCCAUUGAUUGUACCAAUCGUAAACCCUGAACAUCUUUCUGUAGUUGAAGAGAAGGUCAAGAAAUCCAAGGCCGAAGGUAAGAAGGAAGGUUUCCUUAUCUGUAUCUCUAACUGUUCCACCGCAGGUUUAGUAGCACCAUUGAAACCAUUGGUUGAAGCUUUCGGACCAAUCGACCUUUUGACUGCCACCACUUUACAAGCCAUCUCUGGUGCAGGUUUCUCUCCUGGGGUGUCUGGAAUUGACGUGUUGGAUAACAUUGUCCCUUACAUUGGAGGUGAAGAAGACAAGAUGGAAUGGGAAACCAAGAAGAUCUUGGGUGGUACUAAUAAAGAAGGUACUGAAUUUGUUCCUUUAGCAGACGAUGUGUUGAAGGUAAGUGCCCAGUGUAACCGUGUUGCUGUCAGCGAUGGACACACCGAAUGUAUCCUGUUGAAGUUCGCCAACCGUCCUGCUCCUAGUGUAGAACAAGUGAAGCAGUGCUUGAGAGAUUACGUGUGUGAUGCCUACAAGUUAGGAUGUCAUUCUGCUCCUAAGCAAACCAUUCACGUCUUAGAAGAACAAGACAGACCACAGCCAAGAUUAGACAGAAAUAGAGAUGCUGGUUAUGGUGUUUCUGUAGGAAGAGUUAGAGAAGAUCCAGUAUUAGAUUUCAAGAUGGUAGUCUUAUCUCACAACACUAUCAUUGGUGCAGCAGGAGCUGGUAUUUUAAUUGCUGAAAUCUUAAAGGCAAAGAACGUUAUUUAG